AUGGAGCAGGAGCGCUCGACACCGCCAUCGCAAGCACCAUCGGUGAACCUCUCGCUGGACCUGGCGCCGCCGGCGGCACGCGGCGAGGAGACGGACGAAGUGGCGGCGCCGACGAGGUCCGUCGGCGGGAAGCAGGUGCGCCUGUUCCCGUGCCUCUUCUGCAACAAGAAGUUCCCCAAGUCGCAGGCGCUCGGCGGCCACCAGAACGCGCACAAGAAAGAGCGCGCCGCCAGCUGGAAUCCGCACGUCUACGACGACUGCGACCACCACCACGCCGCAGCGGCGCGGCCGGACUGUCUCGGCCGCCGCCGCAACAGAAGCACCACCGACGCUUCCAUGUGCGUCCCGAUCUCCUCGCACGGCGGCACCGCCACCAGCAUCAAGCUCGAGAGGCCUGACGACGGUGGGGCACCGCCUUACUACAUAGACCACGUGGUGCUCCCGGCGGCAGCGGCACCCUAUGACCCCUGCGCCAAGCCCGACAACGACACUGUGGACGACAUGCGCAUCUGGAGAAGGACCUCCCACACCUCUGCCGCCCCACCUCAGAGCGCCGACACCAACACCGCAUCCUCCAGCGCCGGCGAGGAGAUAGACCUCGAGCUUCGACUCUAG